AUGCAUUUCCUUCAAAGGGGUACAUCGACAGCUAAGGUCAGUCGCAUCACGGCUUUACCGACCCAAAUCCUCUAUAUUUUGCCUAAGGGUCUGGCUAAUUGCGAGAGCUCAUCACUCCAUUUCUGGAGCUACGAAUAUAGACGUCCAAAUGUCGACGCAAAAGCCGCUGCGAGUCCUGUCAUUGCCUCAAGGAGUUCAUAUUGGGAGCAGUCAUGGUCUUCUUCGGGCCAAUUACUCCCAACAGCCGUCGAUAUACUCAAAUGCAAUCAUUUAUUAGAGGGCACAUACGACCGUCAACCUGAACUAAAGCUAUUGGCAAAGCAGAAGUGGGAAACUCGCGUCUUCCUUGUUUUCGAUAUUUCAAGCUCUUCUUAUGACCCAAGUCAAGGACAUUUACCCGAGCAAAACAAGCUCCCCGUUGCAAUUUUCCCGCUAGGAGACAAGGUGCAAGCGUACACGGCAAACCCAUCUGCGCAAAACAAGGUGAAUAGGGAUGUUGCCCGGGCUCACAAUGAUAAUGGUAUAAACAGCCUCCCACCAUUUGCCACGGAUUAUACCUGUGGGUCACCGUUUUAUCCCAGCCCACGCGAUCCGUCAUUAUUUGUAUGA